AUGAGAGAUGUGUUUUUUUUUUACAGUGUUUGUGAGCGCGCAGGUGAAGGAGGGAGGAGCUUGUUAAAGGUACAUUGAGGAAGACCUGCUUUACGCUCACUUUACCACAGACCGACGAUUAGUUGACAUUUUGGCAUCUGGGAUCACUUGAAUGGUGUGUGUGUGCAUUAAAAAAACACUCGUUCUUAAACACAGACAGAUUCAGACGGAUAAAAGUCGCGCGGGAUAAAGACGAGCCCCGAGGCUGAGUUUUUGACGCACCCAAGUAUGUCCGAAACGCAGAAACAAUCGCGCAAAAACUCGUCCGAUUCGAACCCCUGGAAGAGUCUGGGCAGCCCGACGCUCCUGUGGUCUCCCACCUCCGGGCUUCCCCUGCAGGACGGGCUUUACACGGACGCGAGGUUCCCGGUGCAGAACAUGCCGAUUCAGACCGACGUGGUUUGGAAACGACCAAAGGAGAUCUGUCCGUUUCCUCAGUUUAUUGCGGAUGGAGCCACACGUAUGGACAUCUGCCAGGGAGAACUGAGUGACUGCUGGUUCUUGUCUGCGGUGGCGUCUCUCUCUCUCAACCCUUCUCUUCUGGAUCUUGUCGUUCCCUCAGGCCAGGGUUUUCAGCAGGGCUACAACGGCUGCUUCAAUUUUCGGUUUUGGCAGUAUGGUGAGUGGAUUGAUGUGCGAGUCGAUGACCGCUUGCCGACGCGAAACGGUCAGCUGAUCUAUCUGCGCUCCUCAAACAAAGAUGAAUUCUGGAGUGCUCUGCUGGAGAAAGCUUAUGCCAAGCUGAAGGGUGGUUAUAAUGCUCUGAACAUGGGUUUCCCUCAUGAGGCGAUGGCAGACAUGACAGGUGGGGUUACAGAGGAAUUCAUGGUGCCACCUGACCAUCGAAAACUGGGCUCUUUCCUGCGCCCGCUGCUGCAGAAAGGAGCUCUAAUCAACUGUGCUAACUCAAAGGGUUCUUUUGAGAAGAGCAAUGAGCUUGGGAUUUUGUUCAGACAUGCCUAUUCUGUGACAGGUUUGGAGACGAUCAAGACUACGGUCGGUUCAGUUGAGCUGGUGCGCAUCAGGAACCCGUGGGGUAAAGCUGAGUGGGAGGGGCCUUGGAGUGACAAAAAAGGAAUCGAGUGGAAUAUGGUGAGCGCUGAAGAGCAGCGGCGUGUGCAGAGAAUCCAGCAAGAAGACGGCGAGUUCUGGAUGUCUCUGGCAGAUUUCUGCCAGAACUUUGAGACGAUGGAGGUUUGUCACCUGAGCCAAGACACGCUGAGCGAGAGCGGAAUCAUAAAGCCCUGGAAAUGUACAUCGCAUCACGGACAAUGGAUUCCUCAGCAAGGUACACGAGCAUCGCUGUUCACACACAUACACAAAUAUUACACUGCUUCAAAAGAAGAAUAUAUUCACAUGUUUGUGUUUGCAGGGCCUCCUCAGUACAGUCUGACCCUGUUGGAAGAGGACGACGACCCCAGUGACCCUGAACUAACCUGCUCCUUCCUGCUGGCGCUCAUGCAGAAAUGCGCUCGUCAGAGAGGAAUCCUGUUCCCCGUCGCGCUGCACAUAUACAAGGCCCGAUCCGAGCGGGACGCGUCUCAGUUGAGCCUGGUGCUCAGCACCACUAAAGAUCUUGGUUAUGUCCAGCGGCGAGAGCUGGUGUUUCGCGGUCGCCUGGCGCCCGGUCAUUACAUCAUCAUUCCCAGCACUUCAGAGGCCAGUCAGGUGGGAGAAUUCCUCCUGAGAGUCCUGACCGAGAAAGGAAACAAAACCAAAGCUGUUGAGGCACGAGGACUAGACUCAAGCUCAGUAACUCCGCCAAUGUCUCCACGUCUCGCAGGUCUGCCGCCUGUGAAUGAAGCGAAGGAUCUCUUUGUGAAACACUGUGUGAAGGGGCCUUAUUGUAGUCCAUUGGAUCUCUAUAACCUGCUGACUGAAGCCAUUGCAAAAGGAGUCUUUGCAGGUUGCGAGAAGAAGCUGAGUUUGGAGCACUGCAAGAGCUUUGUGGUGCUCAUGGAUGUAUCCUGCAUAGCUAUAGUGCACUUCUGAUAUCUCUGUCCUAACAAACACACUGGUUAGUGUGCAUGGACACAGAAUAGAACAAGAUAAA